AUGAAAACAAGAUGCUUAUUACACUUGGUCUAUGUAGUCAUUCAAACUUUUUUAAUGAUAACAGUGAGAAGCACUGAUGUGACCGAAGUAGAGUAUUAUAUGAAAAGUGUUUGUGGUGAUGGACUAGUUGAUUUGUAUUCAGAAGAAUGUGAUGGUACAGAGGGGUGUACUGAAGACUGUCUAUGUGGUGAUGGGUAUACUGUCAAAGCUACUGGUGGGUGUGAAAGUUCAUGUGUUUUUGACGCUAAUUGCUUGACUGGGUGCACCAAACCUGAUUAUUGUGAGAUAUGCAACACCACUGCGGGAUACACCUCAGAUUGUCAAAGUUGUCAAGACGACUAUGUCUGGUUUGGUGUAGGUCGCUGCAAAAGUUUCAAAGAAGAAACGAUUGAUACAUGUAGCGACUUUUUCUUGCGCAAUUCGGCGAAUCCAAAUUUUACUAUUUCUAUUAAUGCAGCAACUUUUAAUGGAUCGAUCUACAUCAACCAACCAACAUUGGAGGAACAACAUUUGUCUAUAAAUAAAUGCACAAGAGAAGUCGACCAACAAAAGCCAUACACAUAUGGAUAUUGGUUCAAACUAACUUCAGAUUCUCGAAGAGUUAUAUUCAUUCAAGUUGAAAAGGAGUAUACACAAGAGGACAAAGAGUAUGCCGAGUUCUUACAAAAAGCAGUUGGAAGUGAGUAUGUGAUAACUGUUCAAAAGAAGUGUAUUGAAAAGCAAGAAGCCACAGAUGCAAAGUGUGUUUCGAUUAAUCAAGGAACCACCAAGUACGUGUUAUCACCACAAACUGUCAUUCAAACAGAAGCCAAUGUUCCAUAUUAUAUGUUUGUUCACACCAAAUUUGCAUCGUCUAAAAUGGGAGACUUGAAAUUAUUCAUCCGUGAAAUUAAACACGUUUGUUCGUAUGCUUCUGAGAGACUGUAUUGGUCAGAUAUGUCUAAAGGAGUGAGUAUCGAUAUAUCAGAAGAAAACAGUUUGGUAUCAGUUGAUGUUUGUAGUACAGAUUUGACCAAAGGACAUUGGUUUAGGUUCACUGGUGCCGACCAAACUCUAAACAUUUCGACGUGUAAUUCCAAAGAGGACAAAUUGAGUCUUGACUUGAUAUCUAUUAAUCCUGAAGAUUAUGGAUAUUCAUUAAAUGAUGAACCAUUGGACGUUGAUUGUGUGGACUUUUCUAAGGCAAAAUGUGAAUUAUCAAAAACAGAAGGGUGCCCCAACUCCAUUCUCCCAAAAAUGAUUUUCACGUUCUCAAGUAAGAGGUGGUACUUCUUGUUUGUUGGAAUUCACGAGGAGUCUAACGUUGAAGUUGUUUUGGAUUUUGGGCUGACGUGCACUGAUCAAUGUGGAGAACAUGGAUUAUGCUCAUCGUACUUGGGUGCUUGUACUUGCGAUGAACAUUACGUUCUAAAACACGGAACAUGUAGUUUAUGUGGGAAUGGUCAACUUGAUAAAGGGGAAGAGUGUGAAUUGAGUAUAAAUGGAUAUAAUGACACACAAUGUACUUCUGAGUGUAACUGUGUGUUUGGUACUGCUCCUAUGAAAAUAGAUAACAUCACCAAAUGUGCUCUACCAACAUGUGGGAAUGGUCAAAUUGAUGAAAAUGAAGAGUGUGAUGGUGGAUUUGGAUGUGAUCAUUGUCUCUGUGUAAAUGGUACUCAAAGCUACAAUAAAUCAAGAUUAUAUUGUUUAGUUGCUACAUGUGGCAAUAAGCAAGUAGAUGGUGAUGAAGAAUGUGAUUCUGGAGAUUUUUGUGUUGAAUGUGAAUGUCAAGAAGGGCAUUAUUACCGCCACGGUGAGGUCAGUUGCAGAGCUAUUUCAUACUAUUUAAGUGGAGGUAUGUUUAUGGCUGAGAUCAUAGGUGGGCAUUUGGUAAUGGCAGCCUUAUUGGCACUCUGGGCUUUUACUGCAUACUCCCGACUGACAAAGAAAAUACGACAAGAAAUAGAUGAUGAGAAGUUGGUCAUUUUUGAGAACACAAUCAUUCCCUUCGACAAGACAAAUUCGCAGUAUAUUGACCUUAAAAUGGAAAACGGGUAUUUUAACUUCUCAAAGAAGGCAAUUGACUUUGGAGAGAGACGCCCAGAAAUCGACGAACCGUGUGAAGACGAAAUAACACUGACGAACACUUGGACUGAAAAUCUGCACUUCACGUUUCAUGCUGGUGAUUAUAAUAAGUAUUCUAUUAUGUGUAAACCAUUCACUGGAACAAUCAAACCCAAAGAGAGUGUUGUUCUGACUAUUACUUUUAUUGCAAGAUGCACAACCGUUUUGAAUGAAAAAGUGCCCAUCACUCUUCGAUAUGGAAAACUACAGAACAUCAUCAAAGAAAUCAAAAAGGAGAAUCCAGACUUGAUUGCCCAAACAUCACAGUCGUCACAGAAUUCAGAAGGGGAAAAAUCAAGUUCCUCAGUCAAAAGAAGAGUGUCAAAUUCGGAAACAAGACCAUCCACACAGACAACGACGUCCUCGUCCAAAGGACGUUCGUCUUCAAAAGACAAGUCGAGUAAAAGUUCAUCAAAAAAUUCAUCUAGUCGAAGAAAGAAGUCCAAAGUUUCAAAGUUCCACGUUUACUUGAAUUUGCAAGUGGAGUCUGCAUUGUCUACUAAACUUGAUUAUGAAGAAAUUCACUUACAACAUCCGCCCAUUGGAGGCGGAACAUUUGGUAUUGUCUACAAAGCGGAGUGGAGAAAGGUGGAUGUUGCUGUUAAAGUGAUGAAAAGCGACUUGGUUGAUAUGAUGGAUUUGCUUCCCAAUUUUGUACAAGAAGCUGAGAUGAUGGAGCGUAUUAGAUGUCCAUACAUAGUCAAUUUCAUAGGAUGUGUUAUAACACAAGACACGUUGUGUUUAGUCACUGAAUUCUGCCAGCUGGGGUCAUUAAGAAAGUUCAUGCAGACGAAUCCAAUAUCAGACUAUUUGAAAGUGAGGUUCUGUCAAGACGUUGCAAAGGGAAUGGAGUACUUACAUGAAAAUGACAUCUUGCACAGAGACUUGAAAACAGACAACAUUUUGGUGUAUUCUAAAAAUCCACACGACCCAACUACGACGAAAAUUAGUGACUUUGGGACAUCUAGGUCUUUCAUCGAAUCUUCAAGCAAAAUUGCGUUGCAGAAUAUUGGUACGCCGGUGUAUAUGGCGCCUGAAAUUUCAAGAAAAGACCAAAUGACGUUGAAGAGUGAUGUGUUCUCAUUUGCGAUUUGUAUGUUGGAGAUAUGGAUUGGAAGAGACGUGUACCCACCUGACAAGUUCCCGGAUUCAGAGUCAAUUUUGAGGUUUGUGGGAGGCGGGAAAAGACUUGAAAUUCCUCAAAACUGCAUCUUUGCAAAUCUCAUAGAGAAGUCGUGGCAACACAAAGUCAGCAUGAGACCGUCAUUCAAGGAAAUUUCUAAAGCACUUGAAAUACUUGAAAAGAGUUUGGCUUCUUCACACAAGUCGGACUCAGACAGCUCCAGUAAGAAAAGGAAAUCACUCAAACUCAGUAAAACAACAUCAAAAAACACAGAAACGACAACCACGUCACAACAAGAAAGUGAGGAGCCAACACCAAGAAUUACUACAGAAAAAGGUAGAUUGGUGAGUGACGAGAACCAAGACGAAAGUGAAAGGUCGACUAAGAACGAAAAGGUUGAAGAACAGCAAGACAAUAAACAACCUUUGCCAAAUGAACUUAACAAAACAGAUGAUGUGAAGUCUUCUGAUGAUUCGUUGCAGAGUAAAUCUUCAACAAAAGAAGAUUAG